AUGCCCGAUUACCGUAUUGCUCACGUCGGAAUAGAGGUCUCGCCGAACAACCGCGCCGGUUGCACUGAUGGCGUGUGCAAGAAGGCUGCCGCUAAGUGCCUGAAGGGUUCCCUCCGCUUCGGUACUUGGACCAAGAUUAUGGAUCAUGAAUCCUUCAAGUGGAAGCACUGGGGCUGCGUCUCUGGUGAGCAGAUGGCGCACGUCAAGGAGCUGUGCGAGAAGAAAGAUGGCACUUUCGACUUUGAUGCCUUUGACGGUUACGAUGAGAUGGGUGACCACCCGGACCUGCAGGCGAAGAUCCGCAAGGCCAUAGAGCAGGGUCAUAUUGACCCCGAGGAUUUCAACGGCGACCCCUGGAUGAACAAGCCCGGCCAGAGGGGCAUUCGCGGCAAGAAGCCCAAGGACUGGGAUGACGGCGAGGAGGCCGAGGAAGAGGAGGCCCCUGCCAAGGGCAAGAAGCGCGGCCGCAAGUCCGCUGCUGCCGAUGACGAUGAGGAGGAGAAGCCCAAAGCGAAGCGUGCCAAAAAAGCCGCCCCUAAGGCUGAGCCGGAAGACGAGGACGAGAAGCCUAAGCCUAAGGCUAAGCGUGGCAAGGCUGCUGCUGCUGUCAAGGCCGAGUCUGAUGAGGAAGAAGAGGAGAAGCCGAAGCCCAAGGCAAAGCGCGGUAAGGCUGCUGCUGCUGUGAAGGCCGAGCCUGAGGAAGAAGAGGCUCCUAAGCCCAAGCGUAGUGCUGCGAAGAAGGCUGCCGCCCCCAAGAAGGCCGCUCCGAAAAAGGCCAAGGUUGAGGAGAGCGAGGAAGAGCCCGAAGCCGAGGUCGCCCCCGAGUCUGAGGCUGAAGAGGAGGAGGAGCCUACGCCGAAGAAGGCUAAAGCGGCGCCCAAGGGUCGCAAGAAGGCUGCUCCUGCUGCCGAGGAGAAGCCUAAGUCCACUCGUGCCAGUCGUUCCCGCAAGUAA